AUGCCCUCGCGUAAUGGAGAACGUUAUAUCGAAACACCAUGUCGUGAGACCCCUCCGUUUCCCCCCUCCUCAUCUUCCCUCGCACAUCUCUCCUCCCUCUCUCCUCAUCUCCCCUCGCUCUCUCGUCAUCCCCUCCGCGCUCCCCUUGUCCCCCCCUCCCCUCUCCUCGCCUCUCCCCACUCUCACCACAUCUCCCCCGCUCUCUCCUUAGCAACCCCCGCCCUCCCCUCGACUCCCCCCGCUCUCCCCUCAUCUCCCCCCGAUCUCCCUUCAUCUCCCCCGCUCUCCCCUCAUCUCCUCCGCCAUCCCCCCAUCUCCCUCGCUCGUCCCCCAUUCGUCCCGAAAAAGCAUCCCUCACCCCCCCCGCGUCUCACCCUCAUCCUCCCCUCUGUCUUACCCUCAUCCUCCCCUCUGUCUUACCCUCAUCCCCCCCGCGUCUCACUCUCAUCCCCCUCCGCUCUCCGCCGCUCUCUCCCCAUCUCCCCCGCUCUCUCCUCGUUUCCGCCCGCUCCCCCCCACCCCCUUGCUCUCCCUGUCAUCUCCCCCCGCUCUCCCCUCAUGUCCCGUUUGCCUCCCCUCAUCCCCCCCCCCGCUCUCCUCUCGUCACUCUUCCGACUCACCCUAGUUCUUCUCCUGUUUACCUCUCAUACCCCCUCCGAUUCCUUCCUCCUUCCCCCUCCCCUUCUCGCUCGUCCCGCAUCCUCGCUCUCCCCUCAUCUCCCCUCGUCUCCCCUCAUCUCCCUGCGAUUUCCGCCUAUGUCCCCGCCCUCACCCCUUCUUCCCCCUCAACCCUGUUUCCCCCCAAACACAGUCUCGUUCACCGCUCAUCCCCUCCCCCCACCAUGCCUCCUCUCCCCUCUCACUCGCUCCACAUCCCUCCUCCCAUCCACCCUGCGUCACCCCUCCCUCCCCUCGUCUUUCCCCUCACUCACCCCUCAUUUCUCCCCAUCCAGUCACCCCUCAUGUUCCCUCCCAUACAUCCCUAACUCCUUCACCGCACCCCCCGUCGAUCUAUUUCAACCUUUCUCGCAGCAAACCCCAUCCCCCGCGCUUGGGACUCUGGAUGCCAAUCAUCCACGUGAGAGAAACCAAGCAGCAGCCUCCAUAUCAACCAUCCAGACCACCAGCCUCCCUUCUCUUGGCAACACCACAGGAAGAGCCAGCAGCACAGCACGCAUCAGGAAACCUGUAAGAACCCAGCAGCAGCCUCCGUAUCAACCAUCCAAAUCAGGCUCCCGUCUCUUGGCAACAGCAUACUGGCAGGUAACCCAGUUCCCGCAGCAAACUCCGUCCCCCCUGCCUCAGACAGCCUCUCCAGCAGCUCCCUCUUCCCCUCCCCCCAUCGCCACCACCGCCACCACCGGGAGAGACAGGGUGAUAACGACCGGAGGAGCCAGCGUCACAACACGAAUCAAGAAUCUUGUAAGAACCCAGCUGCAGCCUCCCUAUCAACCAUCCAUAUCAGUUCUCCAUCUCGUGGCAGAACCAUACUGGCAGGCAAACCAGUUCCCACAGCGAACCCCGUCCCCCCUGCCUCAAACAGCCUCCCCAGAAGCUCCCUCUUCCCCUCCCCCAUCGCCACGACUGCCACCACGGCAGCUGACAGCAGCACUGGGAGGGUCAGGGUGA